AUGGCUGCCAUCGUCAAUUGGCUAUAUCAGGACAGUCAACCACCAAGGCACUGGCUAUUCAGCCGCUUUCCACGAGGACUAAGUUUGUUAGGGCCUCGGAGUGAUCCGAGCAUGAUUUAUACAUUAAAACAGUCGGGCCAAAAUGGCAGGACCCUAUUGAUGAAUGCUGCGAGACGUGGCUGGCUAUCGGUGGUUCGAUUCGUCGCCUUGUGUUUAAAAAUGGCCUCGACAUUUGCAGGCUCGACAACGAUGGGCAAAGUGUGGUCGAUUAUGCUCAGCUACGAAUCUAAAAUUUUCAGUCAUUGA